UCUUGGAGUAAGGGAAGGAGCCGAGAACCUAUCCGUUGAAAACAGUCAGCGAUCUAAAGACUUUUCGCGGAGGGGAAACAACUUUAAAACUCAGAUCAGAAUGAACAUCUCCCAUUGGGUGGCUUGUGGACUAUUGAUGACCCUCCUUUCAGUCAGCAUAGAGGCAAAGCCUUUAACGCAGGAACAACAAAAGUCUCUUAGAAAUUUGCUGGGGGAAGAGCUUUCUGAGUAUCUGGCAUCGGGGGAAAGGAAGCUGGAGAACAUCAGGUCGAGGGUGCGUCUGUUGCGGGACCUUCGGCUGGACACACGGGCCAAGGGCAUGUGGGCCCGCAUCCUCAACGACCAGCCCAAUGUACGGAAACACAAAUCGGGCACGAAGAAGGGGGCCUCAUCAUCCCGGAGUGGCUGCUUUGGCCACAAAAUGGACAGGAUAGGCACCAUAAGCGGCAUGGGCUGUUAGGGAUGCGGCAGCUACGUGUAGUGAACAUUCAGUGGACGAUGGGUUCGGACAACUUUUCUUUAGUUGGCUUUCACCUGAGGAAAAUAUGAAAAUACCAUCUCUAUUCAAGAUAUGGAUUUUCGGUACGAAAAACCCACCAUAACCAGCAUUAUUGAAGACUAUGACAAAAUGAUUAAAAAAAAUCACAUGUAUAACAUAAAAAAGAACACACACAUACACACACACACACAUACACACAAACACACACACACUACAAGACGGUGGACAAUGUUAUAGAAACUAAAACCGCAAAAGCUGUAUA